AUGGAGAAUAUGCUCCACCUAGCCCCGUCCCAAGCGCUGCCCAUGGACCGCUCCAUCUUCUUGCGUGAGCAGCUGCCGCCGGCCAUCUCCGCGGUCGACUCCCUGCCAGUGAUCGACAUGUCCCGCAGCCGCGACGAGGUCCGCCGUGGCAUCCUUGACGCCGGCGUGGAGUUCGGCUUCUUCAUGGUGGUGAACCACGGUAUCCCCGAGGAGGUGAUGCGCGACAUGGCGGAGGUGUGCGAGGAGUUCUUCCAGCUGUCGGCGGCGGACAAGGCGUACAUGUACUCGGAGGACAGGCACAAGCCCAACCGCAUGUUCUCCGGCGCCACCUACGAGACCGGCGGCGAGAAGUACUGGCGGGACUGCCUCCGCCUCGCCUGCCCCUUCCCCGUCGGCGACGGCACCAGGGACUGGCCGCACACGCCCCAGAGGCUGAGGGGUGUCAUCGAGCACUUCACCACCCUGACGAGAGGAGUGGGGAUGGAGCUGCUGCAGCUGCUGUCCGAGGCCAUGGGGAUCCGGCCUGACUACUUCGAGGGCGACAUCAGCUCCAGCGACGUCGUCCUCAACAUCAACCACUACCCUCCGUGCCCCAACCCGGAGAAGACGCUCGGCCUGCCGCCGCAUUGCGACCGGAACCUCAUCACCCUGCUCCUCCCCGGCUCCGUCUAUGGCCUCGACGUCGCCUACAAGGGAGAGUGGAUCAAAGUUGAGCCCAUGCCUGGUGCCUUGGUCGUCAACUUCGGCCAGCAACUCGAGGUUGUGACUAAUGGACUGCUCAAAAGCAUUGAGCACCGCGUGGUGACCAGCUCGACGCUGGCGCGGACGGCGGUGGCCACGUUCAUCAUGCCCACCCCAGACUGUCUCAUCGGCCCCGCCAAGGAGUUCGUCGCCGAGGACAGGCCGCCGUGCUACCGCACCGUCAGGUUCCGUGACUUCAUGCGCAUAUACAACGUUGUCAAGCUGGGGUCAUCUGUCAACCUGACUACAGACCUUAAGAAUGUCCAGAAGGAAAUAUGA